CAGAACCAGUUGGAGGCGCCACUCUCUCUCUCUCUCUUCCAGAGAAAAUGCGAAGCACGAAGGAGACGACGCGUGAGAAAAAUCCAUCACCAGGAGCGCUUUCUGAGAAGUCCCGGGAGUCUGUUGGCAAACUUCUUACACGUCCCAAUAAGCCUAGGUCUCGCGGAACAAAGAAUAAUGAUAAUAAUAUUCAGCAAUAUGAUUUAAGUAGCGAGGUUGGGAAUGGGUCAAAAGUAAAUGGCAUACAAGAUGUAGAUUCGAGGGUGAAAUCAGUAACUUUGGAGGCUGGAGGUUGUAGUACAGAUGCCGCGAGAGACACUUUGAGGGAAGAGAAAGUUGAUGGGGGAACUCUGCAGGACCCUCUCUCCGACAGCAGGGAAGAGAUGAAUGAUUCGGAUUGGGAAGAUGGAUCAAUUCCCAAUUCAGAUUUUACUGGUAAUCAGCAAGUAACAAUUGAGUUUGAUGAGACGCCUGAUCCUGUGAAGCGGAAACCAGUUCACCAAGCUACUGCAGAAGAUAAGGAACUGGCUGAAAUUGUUCAUAAGGUUCAUUUACUUUGCUUACUUGGACGGGGAAGAUUAAUUGAUAGAGCUUGUGAUGAUCCUCUUACACAGGCUGCUUUACUUUCUCUUCUUCCAAGGCACUUGCUAAAUAUUUCACAGAUGACUAAACUAACAGCAAAAAAUUUGCAUCCUCUUAUCCAUUGGUUUCAAGAUAACUUUCAUGUUAGAAGUUCAACUGAUGAGAAAAGAUCGAUUCAUUCCAAUUUGGCCUUUGCACUCGAAACUCAUGAAGGGACUUCAGAAGAGAUUGCUGCAUUGUCUGUGGCAUUAUUUAGAGCUUUGGGUCUUAUAACCCGGUUUGUGUCAAUUUUGGAUGUGGCCUCCUUAAAACCAGAUGGAGACAAGUCUGCUUAUUUCAGUCAAGAUGCGGGCGGUUUCAUAUUUUGUACUUCAACCCCAAUGGUGGCUAAAAAAAAUGAGGCUUCUAGCUCUCCCAGUAAAUCAUUUUCACCCAAUGAAAAAGACAGUGCUUGUGAAACUUCUCAUAGGAGUUCAUGCAAAAGAAGCAACGCUGAAAGCAAAGAUUCUGCCUCUGCUAAUGAGUCGAGCAAUAAACAACCAUGUCCAUUAGUUUUUGAGUUGAAGCAUGAUUCUUCUGGGGCAUGCCAUACACAAAUAUCUCAAGGACCAAAGAGAAAAGGGGAUAUUGAGUUCUCGUUGCAGAUGGAAAUGGCUAUUUCUGCAACAGCAGCAGUAAUUGCUAAUAUUGCGGAUGGUAAAAUGGGGUCUAGUAUGGGCAAUCCAAAUAGUAAUUUGCCAAAUUUUAUUUCACCUUUUAAGAGAAUGAAAAAAGUUUUAAGUGAAGGCUCUUCAUCCUCUCAUGGAAUCUCCACUGCAAUUGGAUCAAGAAGAGUAGGGUCUCCCCUAUAUUGGGCAGAAGUAUACUGCAGCGGUGAGAACUUGACAGGAAAGUGGGUGCAUGUUGAUGCUGUUAAUGCUAUUAUUGAUGAAGAAGAGAAGGUUGAAGCACUAGCUGCUGCAUGCAAAAGAUCUUUGAGAUAUGUAGUUGCAUUUGCAGGGAAUGGUGCUAAAGACGUGACUAGAAGGUAUUGUAUGAAGUGGUAUAAGAUAGCCUCAAAGCGAGUUAACUCAAUUUGGUGGGAUUCAGUUUUGGCACCAUUGAAAGAGAUUGAAUCAAGAGCAACUAAUGGAAUGUUUCACUUGGAAAAUGACAACAUUGAUGCCUCAUUUAAACAUGAUAAUCCAAAACAUAUCGCAGAAAAUUUGAAAGCAGAAAACUUUCCAAACAAUGCCACCUUGCUUGGGAGCUCUGGCCUUGAAGUAUCAAAAGUUUGUGGUGUGAAGACUGACAUGGGAUCUUCUUUGACGGCAGCUUCUAGGAGCUCUCUUGAGGAUAUGGAGUUGGAAACUAGGGCUUUAACCGAGCCACUUCCAACAAAUCAACAGGCCUAUAGAACCCACCAACUGUAUGCCAUUGAAAAGUGGCUAAACAAGUAUCAGAUACUCCAUCCGAGGGGUCCCAUUCUUGGUUUUUGUGCAGGUCAUGCCGUUUAUCCUCGGACAUGUGUGCAAACACUCAAAACAAAAGAAAGAUGGCUGCGGGAGGGCUUGCAAGUUAAAGCUAGUGAGCUCCCUGUAAAGGAAUUGAAACGCUCUGGGAAGCUUCAGAAAUUAAAAUCCUUCGAGGAUGAUGAAUCUGUUGGAGAUAAUUCUGAAGGAACUCUCAAACUUUAUGGGAAGUGGCAACUGGAGCCAUUACAGCUACCUCAUGCUGUAAAUGGAAUAGUUCCAAAGAAUGAGCGUGGACAAGUGGAUGUCUGGUCUGAGAAGUGUCUUCCACCAGGAACCGCGCAUUUGAGGUUGCCCAGGGUGUUUUCUGUUGCCAAAAGGCUGGAAAUUGAUUAUGCACCUGCCAUGGUUGGCUUCGAAUACAAAAACGGUCAAUCUUAUCCCGUCUUUGAAGGUAUUGUGGUGUGCGCCGAGUUCAAGGACGUGAUAUUAGAGGCUUAUAGAGAAGAACAAGAAAGACGAGAGGCCGAGGAGAAGAAAAGGAAUGAAAUGCAAGCUAUUUCUCGCUGGUAUCAGCUUCUUUCAUCCAUUGUGACUCAGCAAAGGCUAAAGAAUCGUUAUGGCAAGGGCGUGUUGUCACAUACAUCCUCUGAUGAGCCAACAGUGGAUAACAACUUAAGUUUGAAAGUUAGUGGUAGUCAAGAUGACAAACAAUCUCUUGAAUUCCGGAAAGGAAACAAACACAAAAACAAGCCGAAUCCUCCCUCUCGUUCUCCAUCGGCCGAGCUGGAAGAAGACCACAAACAUUUAUUUCUGACAGAGGACCAGAGUUUUGACGACGAAACCUUGAUACUCACAAAAAGAUGCCAUUGUGGAUUUUCGGUUCAAGUGGAAGAACUAUAGUAUAAAGAAUUGAACCACUGCAUAGUGCAUUGAAUAUUUGACAUGACAAUACUAGGAUUAUUUAUAUCCCUUUUUGUAAACAAGGAAAAACAGAGAUGAGAUUUUGCAGCAAGUAUGUCGUGGCUAGCUUCAUACAUGAGUGUAGAAAAGCUAAAGGGUGU